GGGGUGAGUGCGGAGCGCCGGGCAGGUAGAGGCAGGGCUGCUAGAGUGAAGAGGUGAUCUGAGGGAGUGUAAUGGAGUGAACAGAGAGCUGGGUGAGCUCUGUGCGCUUCUCUCUGAGGGGUGAUGGAGUUUGGUGAGUUGUGGUCAGAGACAGUUAGUUAACUCUGAGGAGGAGGAAGAGGAGGUUUAAUCAGAAACGAGGACUGGACUCUUCUUUCUGAGAGUUACUGAUUAUUAUUCCUGUGUGGAGAAGGAGGAGGAGGAGAUCAGCUCUCCCUGUCUUAUUCUUAUCUGAUAUCGUGGUGGUUGAGGAAUCCCCGCAGUCAUGCCGGACCUGCUGUCAGUGUGUGAGUUCAUGGACAUUACCAAUGAGGACUAUAAAGCCCCCACCACCUCUAUCUUCACCACCCGGAUGACCCACUGCCGCAACACAGUGGCAGCACUGGAGGAGGCUCUGGACGCAGAUCGCAGUGUUCUGAGCAAAAUAAAGAAGUCUGUGAAGGCCAUAAACAGCUCUGGUCUCUCUCAUGUAGAGAAUGAAGAACAGUAUAUCCAGGCUCUAGAGAAGUUUGGAGAGGCCUGUGUGUACAGAGACGACCCAGAUAUGGGAGCGGCCUUCAUUAAGUUUUCUGUCUUCACCAAAGAGCUUACAGCUCUCUUCAAGAAUCUGCUGCAGAACAUGAGCAACAUCAUCACUUUUCCUCUAGACAGUCUGCUGAAAGGAGACCUGAAAGGAGUUAAAGGGGAUCUAAAAAAGCCUUUUGAUAAAGCCUGGAAGGACUAUGAAACCAAAGUGAAUAAGAUCGAGAAGGAGAAGCGGGAGCACGCCAAGCAGCAUGGCAUGAUCAGGACAGAGAUCAGUGGAGGAGAGAUUGCAGAAGAGAUGGAGAAAGAGAGGCGCGUCUUUCAGCUGCAGAUGUGUGAGUAUCUUCUCAAAGUGAAUGAAAUCAAAACCAAGAAGGGGGUUGACCUGGUGCACAAUCUUAUCAAGUAUUUCCACGCUCAGUGCAAUUUCUUCCAAGAUGGGUUGAAAGUUGUAGAGAAUCUGAAACCAGCUAUGGAAAAACUGUCCACAGACCUGACAGCAAUUAAGCAGGUGCAGGAUGGAGAAAGGAAGCAGCUGACUCAACUUCGAGAUGUUCUGAAGUCGUCUUUACAAACAGACACUAAAGAUGACUCUCAGGGUAAACAGAACACAGGCUACAGUCUGCACCAGCUACAGGGCAACAAGGCUUUUGGCACAGAACGCUCCGGGAUGCUCUCCAAGCGCAGUGAAGGGCUGAGGAAAGUAUGGCAGAAAAGGAAGUGCUCUGUGAAGAACGGCUAUCUGACCAUCUCACACGGAACACCAAACGCACCACCAGCCAAACUCAACCUGCUAACCUGCCAAGUGAAAUGCAACCCCGAGGAGAAGAAGAGCUUUGAUCUGAUAUCUCAUGACAGAACAUACCAUUUCCAAGCAGAAGAUGAAUCAGAAUGUCAGAUAUGGGUGUCGGUUCUGCAGAACAGUAAGGAGGAGGCCCUGAACAAUGCCUUUAAGGGGGAUCAGGACGAGGGAGAGAACAACAUCGUUCAGGAACUCACCAAGGCCAUCGUGAGCGAGGUGAAGAGGAUGAGUGGGAACGAUGUGUGCUGUGACUGCGGAGCUCCAAAUCCAACCUGGCUAUCCACAAACCUGGGUGUCCUGAUCUGCAUCGAAUGCUCUGGAAUCCACCGGGAAAUGGGCGUGCACCACUCCAGAAUACAGUCUCUUACUUUAGAUGUGCUUGGGACGUCAGAACUGUUGCUGGCCAGAAAUGUGGGCAAUGCAGGCUUUAAUGACAUCAUGGAGGCCAAACUGUCAGGAGAGGACAUAUCCAAACCAACACCCUCUAGUGACAUGCAGAGCCGGAAAGACUUCAUCACAGCUAAAUACACAGAGAAGCGAUUUGCCCAGCGCAGGCGUGUGGAUCCGUCUGCUAAGCUCCGCAGUCUGUACGAUGCAGUGAAGAGCCGGGACAUCUUCUCCCUGCUGCAGGUGUACGCAGAGGGAGUGGAUCUAACAGAGACCUUAUCCUUACCCAACGAACAUGAGCCGGGUGAGACCGCGCUGCACCUGGCGGUGAGAAUGGUGGACAGAAACUCCCUCCACAUUGUAGACUUUCUUGCACAGAACAGUGGGAAUCUGGACAAGCAAACAGGAAAAGGAAACACAGCGCUGCACUACUGUUGCCUGACAGACAGCAGUGAAUGUCUGAAACUUCUGCUACGGAGCAAAGCCUCCGUCACCAUGACCAAUGAAGCUGGAGAGACUCCUCUGGAUAUGGCCAGGCGGCUGAAGCACACACAGUGUCUAGAGCUGCUGACCCAGGCGCAGACUGGCAAAUUUAACGUCCAUGUGCACGUGGAGUACGAGUGGUGUCUGCAGAAUGAAGACCUGGAUGAGAGUGAUGAUGAAAUGGAAGAUAAGCCUAUCCCUCAAAAGCGUGAAGAACGUCCUGUCAGCUGCUUUAUUUCUAGCAGUGGCCCCAUGCAGCCCAAUAUGGCGGCCCUGGCACGAGAUGUGGUCAGUGCAGUUCGGGAAAAGCAGAGGGGCUUCAUCCCCAGUAUGAUGUGUAAUGAAACCUACGGGACUCUAAUGAACAGCCCUCCUCCAUCUAACACACUCCCCAUCAAUUUACCACAGCUACCCCCACGCAACACUCUCACAGGAAAUGGGGGCUGGAAAAAUGUGGAGGGAGUAGGGAGACAGAGAUCUUCAUCAGAUCCCCUUAACCCCACCAGUCCAGAAAGUAACAGUUCAGACUAUGUCCUCCCUCCCGCUGCCCCGCCUCCUCCAGUAAUAAAGAAGCCUAUCCCCACGGAGCCUCGGACCCACACUAAGAAUGUUCCUCUGCCUUCAGUGCCACCUGCCAUGCAGAUGCCAUCUGUUCCCCCAGUUCCAAACAUUCCUACUCCACCUUCAUUCAUUCCAAUACCUCCUCCUCCCCCAGUGCCCCCUGCACCCCCGUAUAAACCUGCUGCUCCACCCGUACCCUACCAGCCCAGAGGCCCUGCUCUCAAACCUCCCACAGGAGGUCUUCCAAGAACACAAACAAGCAGACUUAAACCCAAUCCUGUAUCAGAAACAACAGAAAAGGAUGGUCCUCCCCCACCUCGUAAUCCUGCAGCCACAUCACCUCCAGCCCCACCCCCAGUGCCUAAGCCCAGAGCGACCCAGGUGAAACAGAAACCUAAACGAGUAAAAGCCAUCUAUAAGUGUAAAGCUGAUAACCCAGAUGAGCUGACCUUUGCUGAGGGAGAGGUGAUCAUAGUGGAUGGAGAGGAAGACAAGGAGUGGUGGGUGGGCCAUAUUGAAGGGGAUCCUACCAGAAGAGGAGUCUUCCCUGUUACAUUUGUGCACUUCAUCACUGACUGAUGAAGUCAGUAAUCAGUGGACACUGAGACUGGCAAUAAAAAAACAAAGAUGGACGAGCAGAAGAUUAGGUUAUGUUCUCAGCUGUUAAAAGUUAUUUUUCAGUGAUGACCUCAUGUAAGAUAUCUGCAAAAUUAUGUUUAAACAUUUUCUAAGAGAAAUAAGAGAAUAGCUAAAUGUGUGUUUGCUUUUAUUGUUGGUCAUCUCACUCCAGUGCAAUAUAAUAUAAUUAAGUCUUAAUGCUUUGAGCAGGGAUUCAUCAUACUUCAGAUAAAAUGGUUGUGGCCUUAUCACAGUAAAGUCCGAAUAUCUGCUGGAUUCUUAUUCAUGUUUUAGAGAGCAUUUUGGAGUUUGGUUGCAGAGCAACUCUAUGUGUAUAUUUUAAUUGGAUGAACUCUCAAGCACUGUAUCUCUUAGACUUGUUGAAAUACUUCCCCAUUGCAGUUCUUGGACACAGUCAAUAAGUUUUUGCAUCAUUUUUAACAAGUGUGGAUUUAUUUUAUUUUUGGAAAUCAUAAUUUGUGACAAAAAUAACAGGACGUGUCUUUAAAACAAGUAGUACUGUGAAAAAUAUUUACAAAUACAAACAGUAUCAGUUUUUAAUGCCAACAAAUAAUACUUCCUAUUGAUGCCAUUACUGACUCAACAAUAAGUAUUGAGUAAAUGUGUUUUAAUAAAUGUUUAAACAAGCCAUUGUAAUCUCA